UUCCUCAAGGUGCCCCGUUCCCCGGACAAGCCAGGCAAAGGCUCCUUCUGGACGCUGCACCCUGAUUCGGGCAACAUGUUUGAGAACGGCUGCUACCUGCGCCGCCAGAAGCGUUUCAAGUGUGAGAAGCAACUGGCUGCCAAAGACAGUGGUGGGGCGGGCGGUGGGGGCAAGAAGGGGCCUGGGCAGCCCCCCAGUCAACCCCUGGCGGAAGGCAGCUCUUCGGGGGGGUCGGAGGGCUCGGCCGGCACCGAGUCCCCAGCCAGCGCCUCACCGUGCCAGGACCACAAGCGGGCCCUGGCCGACUUGAAGGGCACACCGGGGCUGAGCCCCGGGGAGCCAGCGGCCUCACCGGCACAGCACCUCCUGGCUCCCCCGCACGCCUCGCCCAUGCCUGGUAGCCUGGCCAUGGGGCCCGUAACGAACAAAAACGGCUUAGAGUCCUCCCCUUUAGCUGGAGAGACUUCUUACUACCAAGGUGUGUAUUCCCGGCCCAUCAUGAACUCAUCCUAA